CUCGCUCCCUUGUUCUAGCCGGGGCUGCUCAGACCUGCAGCGGAGCCGCGGCGCCCGCUCCGAUCGGCUAGGGGCUGCGCCCCCGGGACCCGGCGACGGGGGCGGGCGGGGGCGCUCCCCACCGGGCUGGGCCCCUUGGCACUGCCAGGUGUGGAUCCAUGGGGCAGCCCCGAAGCAUCUGCCCCUCUGCCCCAGCCAGCUCAUGCCUCAGCACCCGGGAGCAGUGAACAGAGCCCUGGCUGAGCCCAAACAUGUGGGGCCUUGUGAGGCUCCUGCUGACCUGGCUGGGUGGCUGGAGCUGCAUGGGGCGCCUGGCAGCCCCAGCCCAGGCUUGGGCAGGGUCCCAGGGGGCCCCAGGACCAGCACUGCUUCGGACCCGACGGAGCUGGGUGUGGAACCAGUUCUUUGUCAUUGAGGAAUAUGCCGGACCAGAGCCUGUCCUUAUUGGCAAGCUGCACUCAGAUGUGGACAGGGGUGAGGGCCGCACCAAGUACCUGCUGACCGGAGAGGGGGCAGGCACUGUAUUUGUGAUUGACGAGGCCACAGGCAAUAUCCAUGUCACCAAGAGCCUGGACCGGGAGGAGAAGGCACAGUACGUUCUACUGGCCCAAGCUGUGGACCGAGCCUCCAACCGACCCCUGGAGCCCCCAUCGGAGUUCAUUAUCAAGGUGCAAGACAUCAACGACAAUCCACCCAUCUUUCCCCUUGGGCCCUACCACGCCACAGUACCCGAGAUGUCCAAUGUCGGGACAUCAGUGAUCCAGGUGACCGCUCACGAUGCCGAUGACCCCAGCUACGGGAACAGUGCCAAGCUGGUGUACACUGUGCUGGAUGGACUGCCUUUCUUCUCUGUGGACCCCCAGACUGGAGUGGUGCGGACCGCCAUCCCCAACAUGGACCGCGAGACACAGGAGGAGUUCUUGGUGGUGAUUCAGGCCAAGGACAUGGGCGGCCACAUGGGGGGGCUGUCGGGCAGCACUACGGUGACGGUCACCCUCAGCGAUGUCAACGACAACCCCCCCAAGUUCCCUCAGAGCCUGUACCAGUUCUCCGUGGUGGAGACCGCUGGGCCGGGCACCCUGGUGGGCCGGCUGCGGGCCCAGGACCCAGACCUGGGGGACAACGCCCUCAUGGCAUACAGCAUCCUGGAUGGGGAGGGGUCCGAGGCCUUCAGCAUCAGCACAGACGCCCGGGGUCGAGAUGGCCUCCUCACUGUCCGCAAGCCCCUAGACUUCGAGACCCGUCGCUCCUACUCCUUCCGUGUGGAGGCGACCAACACGCUCAUCGACCCAGCCUACCUGCGGCGAGGGCCCUUCAAGGACGUGGCCUCAGUGCGCGUGGCUGUGCAGGAUGCCCCAGAACCACCCGCUUUCACCCAGGCUGCCUACAUCUUGGCAGUCCCCGAGAACAAGUCUCCCGGGACCCUGGUGGGCCAGGUGUCAGCUGCUGACCUGGACUCCCAGGCCAGCCCGAUCAGAUACUCCAUCCUCCCCAACACGGACCCGGAGCACUGCUUCUCCAUCGAGCCUGAAGAUGGUACCAUCCGCACGGCAGUGCCCCUGGACCGCGAGGCUCGUGUCUGGCACAACCUCACAGUGCUGGCCACAGAAGUCGACAGCUCCGCACAGGCCUCCCGGGUGCAAGUGGCCAUCCAGACCCUGGAUGAGAAUGACAACGCUCCCCAGCUGGCGGAGCCCUACGACACCUUUGUGUGUGAAUCUGCAGCGCCCGGCCAGCUGAUUCAGGUCCUCAGGGCCCUGGACAGAGAUGAAGUCGGCAACAAUAGCCGUAUCUCCCUUCAAGGUCCCCUAGACCCCGAUGCCAACUUCACUGUACGGGACAACCGAGAUGGCUCUGCCAGCCUGCUGCUGCCCUCUCGCCCCGCCCCGCCCCGCCAGGCCCCCUACCUGGUCCCCAUAGAACUGUGGGACUGGGGGCAGCCGGCACUGAGAAGCACCGCCACAGUAACUGUCAGCGUGUGCCGCUGCCGGCCCGAUGGCUCCGUGGCCUCCUGCCGGCCCGAGGCUCAGCUCUCACCUGCUGGGCUCAGCACCGGGGCCCUGCUCGCCAUCAUCACCUGUGUGGGCACCCUGCUUGGCCGUUCUGAUUGGAACCAGGCUGCCCCACGCCUGGCCCUGCCGGCUCAGCGGCCCGUGUGCGCCUCUCCCCCAGCCCUGGUGGUGCUCUUCGUGGCCCUGCGACGCCAGAAGCAGGAAGCCCUGAUGGUGCUGGAGGAGGAGGACGUGCGUGAGAACAUCAUCACCUACGACGACGAGGGCGGCGGCGAGGAGGACACAGAGGCCUUCGACAUCAGCGCCCUGCAAAACCCCGACGGGGCUGCCCCGCUGGCUCCCGGCCCGACCGCGCGCCGAGAUGUGCUGCCCUGGGCCAGGGCGCCGCGCCAGCCCCGGCCCCCCGGCCCCGCCGACGUGGCGCAGCUGCUGGCGCUGCGGCUGCGCGGGGCGGACGACGACCCCAGCGUCCCACCCUACGACUCGGUGCAGGUGUACGGCUACGAGGGCCGGGGCUCCUCCUGCGGCUCCCUCAGCUCCCUGGGCUCCGGCAGCGAGAUCGGCGGCGCCCCGGGCCCCGCUGAGCCGCUGGACGACUGGGGGCCGCUCUUCCGCACCCUGGCCGAGCUCUACGGGGCCAAGGAGCCCCCGGCCCCCUGAGAGCCGGCCUGGCCCUGCCCGCCACAGCGUGACGGCUGCACAGGCCCGCUGAGUGAGCCCCCGGGGUCCAGGCAGGCGGCAGCAGCCCAGGGGUCCCCAGGCCUCCCCGAUCCCCAUGUCCCUCCUCCCCACUUCCCCAGGGCAACCUCCCCCUUACCUCCCUCGUCCUGAGUCGUCUGUUCGUCUCUCUCCAGGGAUCUCUGUCUCUGUCUCUGACACUCUCCCUGUCUGGGACUGCGUUGUGCGGCUCAGACUCUGAAUCUCUCCGUUCUCUCACUGUGAUUCCACUUUCUUGUGGCUCUGUUUUGGUCUCCCCCAUUCUAAAUCUGUCACUCACUGCUCUGUCUGUCGCCCGUGCCCGCACACACGUUCUCUGUCUGUCUCCUGCCCACAUCUGCCCGCAUUCUCUGUGGGUCCCUGUGACUGCCUUUUUGGUUUCUUCCGUUGUCCAUCCCAGAAACAAGAGAAACUUCCAGCCACUGCUGCCCACCCUCCUGCAGGGGAUGUUCUGCCCCAGACCUGCCCGCAUGGUUCCAUCCAUCACUCAUGGCCUCAUCCUGGCUCCAUUGGCCUCCAGCGAGAGAGGGAGCCAGCUCACCUCCCGGG